CAUCGGAAGGCAUGUCCAUAGUCGCGACCACGCACGGGUACAAGAAGAACCAAGGGAUCCUGCGGCCAUGGAGGUCGCGCCAGUUCACAUUACUGAGCGAUGGAUGGUUCAUGUGGGACAAGGAGCAAGCCGGCACGCGCGGCAAAUGCUGGGACUUGGUGGAGACUGUCAUUGGUUCAGUGGUGACCAAGGUGAACCAGUACUUCACGUUCACCGUGUCCUUUGAGGACGACACAAGCGUGUUGGGCUUCACGUCCGAAGGCGAAGCCCACGAAUGGAACGACAUGAUGCAGGAGAUCGCAGAUGAAAACGCGGCAGGACGCCGUGAGUGGACGGCAGGGUUCAAGGACGCGUUGAAGGCGCACGACAUCCACACCCGGCGGGAGCUCGUGCUCAAGAUCAAACCCCGCGACUGGAACAAGGAGUGGCAAUUCUGUCUGCGCUCGCCACUGGGCGACGGCUUUAACAUGCAAGUGCGCCGUAUGAAGCGCAUGUACGGGCUAUGGCUCCAGUUCAACCAAUAUGCGCUGAUGCUUGUGGACGCGGUCGUGCACUCCCCCGACCCGACCGCGUUUGCAUGCAUUCCAUGCGACGAGGCAGGCUCGGAAUGGUGGCACGACCGGUCACACCCCCAGAUGACCCUGUACAAAGUCGGCCCGUUGAUCGUCAAGGUCGCCGGACACCAUUGGAGCUGCGCCAAGCAACUCAAGCAAGACAUGCGGUUCCUGGGAACGUUCAAGGAACUGUACGACGUGUUCCGAACGAUCGCCAUGGCCACGAUCCAGGGCGGCGACAAGUACAGAGAGGUCCAACAGCUCAAGUUUCCUCUGGUUGCGACGCUCGAAGUGCGGGAGAUGCGGGUAGCGGUGUACGCCCAACCGAUUGGAGACCCGCAUCCAGUGCACCUCCACAACAACCAAGUGCAUGCAUUGCUGGCGAAUUUGAGGUUCACUCGGCCUGCCCAAGUGCUGGACGCGCUCGCGUUCAACGAGCUGCCGCUGUUUUCGUCGAUAUACCGCAACAUCGUGUCGGACGACAUUUAUUGUAUGCAAAUUCAGUCGCCAUAUGCCAACGUGUUGCGCACGUCGUUGCGACCGACGGCGGCGAUGGCCGGCUGUUUUGUGCGGGGGGAUGCCGCGCGUCCGGUCGAAAUGCUCACGGACGCCGACUUGGCCGCGAUGAAAGCCGAGCUGGAGAAGAGCAAGACGGGGCUGGUGCACUACUUGAACAUGAAGGGCAUCAAGAGCAAGUUUGCGCUGCUGCCGUACUUGGACCUGCUGUACUUUUCCACGGAUAUCGUGUCCACGGCCGUCAACUCGAGGGCGUCCAGCGUCGUGGGAACCAAAGUGUAUGGGGACGUUGUAUUUACGUUCAACCCGGACAAUCCCCGCCUGCCGCUGCACCUAAAGCAAGCGUUUGUGCUGAAUCCAUCGCACGAGAUCAAGUCGUACGUGUCCAUGCUUCGUGAACCCGACAAGAUAAUUGCGUCUAGCUCGAUUGAGCGAUACGAAGCACACAUUGUACACACGAUGGCGACGACAAUCGCCGAGUUUGCCGCCCGCCUCGUCACGUUAGGCGACGCCGUCCCUGAAGACGCGACCAUGACCAUGCAGAAUUCAGAGCCUGCUGUGGACACCCGCGAUGUCAUUUACGUUUCGGAUGGGAACCACCUGCGAAGUCACAUGCAGAACCAUGGCAUCAACCUGUGCUUCCUUCCCGCUGUGUUGGGCAGUUUAGCUUUGGUCCAACAUGGUACCCAAACCCUCGUCAUGUCGGAGAUCGUCGCGCGCGUUGCCAAGCACAUGCUACGACAUCACUUGGUGCAACAUCGAGACAAAGCACGGACGCCCACCGCCGUGGACUUGUUCAACUCGGUUCUGGACGGGCUGACGUUGGCAUCGCCGCACUCGAGUCAAUUCUGGGGCGUCGACUUGCCCCUGUGGUGCACAUUAGGGCCAUAUUCUGCUUCGCUAUCGCUGGUCCCCCACAGCGUAGUGGACGCGGCCGUGUACCAUGGGCGGCUAAAGCACAAUCCGGCGCCGCUGUACAUGGCGUUACUGCGGACGCUGCGGCUGUCUGUGACUAGUCGCGUGCUCAAGAAACUUCUGGCCAACGGCAACACGCUGCAGUUGCCGCCGCUCGAAGUAAAGGACAUCGUGUCGUUCCACAAGUCCAAGCUCAUGUCGGCGUGGUCCCACUUGCAGCACACGGACCUGACGUCAUUCACCCAGCAAUUGCUGCAGCUGGAAAAGGUGUACGCGACCACGCUCAUGCCGACGCGCCCCAGCACCAUGCGCCCCCAUCAAAACCGCACUCCGACCGCUAGCAAAGGCGACGGGUACUUGGAACUGUUUCGGACAGUCGACGAGCGGGUGGCGGGGGUGCUGGAGGGCACAAGCGACAACGUCGAGGAGUAUGGCCUCGAGCGUAGCGUCGUGGCCAACUUGCAAAGGGCGCUGGCGUCCGCUCGGUUGUCGGACACGGCAUCUGUCUUGGCGAUUCUGAUCGAUGUCCAGCGCACGAUGGACCUGCUACCGUCGCAUGCGCUGGUUCCCGUGGGCGUAUUUCUCGUCAUGCUGUUCCUCGAGAUGUUCCUCUUGGAAAAUGAAGUGCCUGCGAAUGUCCCAUCCCUUAUUGCUGUGUACAUUCACGCGUGGCGAUGGCUGCGGCUAUUGUACCGCGCGGGCAACAAUUCGCAGCUCCUGAUCGAAUCGUCGUCGCACAUGUUGUCGUUGGUGGUGCUCGUCAAGCUGCGCAAACUGCUCAAAAAGAACAUCACAGGCCCAAACGUAUCGGUCGUAAAGUUUUACGCCAUGCUCACGCUCUUGGUGAAAAGCAUGCCGCCGUGGCAAGACUUGGCCAAGUUCCUCGACCCCAAGCACUGGUUCAAAAAGGUCGACGAGCACUUUCUACUCCUCCGCACGCUGUAUUUGCCCAAGUCGGACCUGCAUGAGCUGCAGGUCGUUCCCCCCUUUGAUCUCGAACGCACUUCGUUCUGGGCGACCAACGGACUCGCGUUUGUCGAAGGCAAUGUCAUGGGCAUGAGUUUGGACGUGGAGCAGCGCAACAUGUUGCAAAACCAGCAGCGGGACCCGGCCCUGCACGCGUUUACAUCUUUGUCUUGUUCGAUGCGAUCGACCGACCUGAACCUGCUCCAGUUUCCAUUGCCCAUGAAGAACACAGUGCACUUUGUCAGCUGCGGCUACCGUCACGCCGCAGUCGUCACUACCCGCGCCGAGCUCUUUACGUUGGGGUACGGCGAGUGCGGUCGGCUGGGCCACGGCGACGAAAACGCGGCGCUGCACCCGACGCGCGUCGACUUGUUUGAAGGCAUCCCCGUGUCGCAUGUGUCAUGCGGACGCGAACAUACGAUGGUCGUAACGGCGGACAACCGCGUGUACGGAUUUGGAUGGGGCGAGGCGGGACGGCUGGGUACCGGCGAGAGCGGCAAGUGCCUCGUGCCGACCCAACUGACGGACGUCCCUCCUGUCGUCAAGGUCGCCUGCGGACGGGAGCACACGCUGCUCUUGUGUGCGUCCGGCCAGGUGUUGGCGUGUGGGGCCGGCUACGGCGGGCGGUGUGGCGUCGGCUCCGAAGUCGACGUGGAGGUGGCGACCCCCGUGCACGUAUCAGACGUGGUGUUUGUGGCGGUGGAUGCAGGUGAAUGCCACUCGGCCGCGAUCGAUCGAGACGGAAACGUGUUCACGUGGGGCUUUGGGGGGUCGGGGGCCAUGGGUCGCGGCUCCCUGGAGAACGAUCUCGUGCCCAAAAUGGUGCCGCAUCUCAAAGCCAAAUCCGUCGGGUGCGGGGCCUACCACACUGUGGUGGUGCUACUGGAUGGUACAGUGUACGGGUGGGGGGAUGCCUUGGCCGGUCAACUCGGCGACAUCGCGGUGACUCUUGGUGAAAUGCGGACCACGCCCCACAAAAUAUCCAUCGGCCAAAGUGUCGCGGCAACCCAAGUCAGCUGCGGGUCGUUCACGACGGCCGUGCUAUCCACGGCAGGGGAGGUGUAUCGGUGGGGCUCCCCCGAGGCCGGCAACGGCGGCCCGCUCAACAAGAUGGACGCGUGUCCUUUGAAAGUGGACAUGCCGGAAGGCGUGCGCAUGGGGGUUGUGUCUUGUGGGGCGUAUCAAAUGAUGGUGGCCACCGCGGUUGCAACGUUUACGUUUAACAAGGACGAGUUUUGUAUGUAGAGUGUAUAUAUAAUAUAUAUGUAAUUCCUAGCAA